ACACACACACACCAUCCUGGUUCUCAAAGAGCUCACAUCUUCUUGGGCCCAGAUUCUCCUCCUUUCUCCUCCUUCCAGUUAAGGCCUCGAAGCCUGGCCCACUGACCCAGCUCUCCCUGCUCACCCUGAACUUCCGGGACUGUGUCUCGGCCUGAUGCAGCAGCAGCAGUCACCACCACAGCAGCAGCCGCAGCCGCAGCCCCCCCAGCAGCCGGAGCCGGAGCCGGAGCCGCAGCCGCGGCCGCCGUCAUCGCAGGAGCAGGAGUCCCCCCCGCAGCGGCAGUCACCACCACCGCAGCAGCAGCAGCAGGAAGGAGCGGGGCCACUGCUCAUGGAUCUGGAGACGCCAGAAGACAUUCAGGUCCGGAGCCUGGGCAGAACCAUCAAAUCUUCGAAGCUUCAGGUUCGUCAGAUCCUAGCGGAGUAUGAGGCUCUGGACCGGGAGCUCCCAUGCAUCCGAAAGUUCCCCAGCCCGCCCCCCGCCCAGCCCCUCUGCUUGUGCAUGGAGACUGCGCCUGAGGACCACCACCUGGAUUGCUGGAACGCCCUGGAGGGGGGCCCAGGCCCAGAGAGUGGGCGCGGAAGCAUCCGCACGAACAUGAACGUUUUCGGGACUGGGGCGCAAGGAAGGGGAGAUAGGUGGCUCAUCACGGUCACGGACUUCCAGACCCGCUCGCGCCUGCUGCGCUCCGGGCUCCGGCCCCGCGGGAUCCCCCACCCCCUGGCGCGCCACGACGAACUCCUGCUCGGAGACUACCGCCUGCACCUGCGCCGAGCCCUGGCCCGACGGCGCAUGCUCGAAGCCCUGGGGGCGGGACCCACCGAGGAAGACUGAGGGCGGAGACACGCCUGCGCACUCGUCCCGAGGGGGGGGUCUCGGGAGGAGUGAGCGGCGGGGCGGGGCGGGGCUUGAGGGGGCGGGGCCUCCCUAGAAAGAGGCGGUGAGGGCUUGAGGGGAGGGUGGAUACUGUAAGUUUAAUUAUAAAGAAUGAGCCGGUA